AUGGCGGACGGACACUUAUUUGUGAGCUCUGACGCCGAAUUAAGCGAUGUUGAAGAGAAUACAACAAAAAAUGUAGAAUCUAAGCGAGUGAAUAACAUCAAUGUCGUUAAGUAUCUUAAUAUUACUGAAAAAGGAAAACUCAGAUGGACAGGUUCUUUCGAGAAUCUCGAAAUACUGAUGAACGAGUUGCUCGAGACACAGACAAAAUGGUCAUCGCCUGGUGGUCAUUGUAAGCUGCUAGAGAUGGACAACUUCGAAAUGCGGUGGUAUUCAAACAAUUACUCUUUAAUUAUUAAAGGGGAGCAAGACGAAGUCGAAGAAAUAAACUCUCGGUUGCAAAUAAUGGCCAACCUAGCUGAUAAAGAAACCGAGUUAUCAAACGCUUUUGUCAGUGAAGGAAAUGGCGACAGGGAGGGAGACGGCGUAAAUACAGCCUCGACCGAAAACAGUCAUAUCGAAAUAAAUUCACAUGAGACAUCGAACUACAACAAAGUACUCGACAGUAUACGAGACCUUGAACUGUGUUUUGUAAACAAAUUCGAUGAGCUUUUGCAGGAAAUUCGACAGUCCAAAACAACAGAAGAAACUAUCAGUGAAGACCGAAAUUCCUUAAUUAAAGAAAAUGGCAAACUGAAGCAAGAAAUCGACAUACUAUCGGACCAAGUCAAUAACUAUAAGUGUAUUGCAUCGGACUUACAGACGAAAGUUAAACAACCAGAAGAUGAACAGAAAAGUUUAAUAACAGCAAUCAAAAUUGUACAAAAUGAUUGCAAUACAAAUAAACAAAGUACAUGGUCAUGAAAUGUUGUUAAAAAUCGUAAGCCAAAUCAGAAUGAAAGCACACAACGUGGACAAAACUCUGGGGAAAAUAGUCACAAUGGACAAUCCAAGACAGAUAAUCAAUAUUCUGUUUUAGUUGAUGAAAGUGACGACGAGAUUAACAUAUUAUCUCAAAGUCGAUUACCUAAGAAUAGAAAUCAAUCUGAACCACCCAGGCACACCAUCAGGUCCAAUGAAGACAAAAGACAUAACUAUUCUGCGCCUAGAAAACAACAAGCAGACAACGACCGAAAAAGCAACAACAACGAGCGAGCCCAAGAUUCUCGCAGAUCUCCGCGCGUAUAG